UGGUCCCUUUGGACCUUUAAUUUCGCGAAGAAUAUGCUGAAAAAAAUGAAUUAACAAGGCAAAUAUUCCAUGAUCUGAAAUUUGGAAAAUUGGAAAAUUUCAUUAAACAAAUUCAAAGAGGGAAUAAAUUCAAUCUUCUCUUCUCCCACCUACCACCACCAAAGAAAAAUGGCAUGAAUUGAAAAUUGAAAAAAAAAGAAGGAUAAUGAUAUAUGCACCUCUAUAAUACGAGUACUUUUUAUAGAGCCGAUUACGUAAUGAAUAACAAAAUCAUGCAUUAGUAGAUAUAAUUAAUGAUCAAUAUUUUAUAUUUUUAAUGGUCAAUCCAUGAAAUGAAAAGUUAGUUGAAACUUGGAUCAUGAUAGGACCACUUUCUAUCAAGACCAUGUUCUUAAUUAGUUCACGGAAAAUAAAAUAAGAAAAUUGAUUGAUGGCUAUAUCUUGACCAAGGGAAGCAACUUCUUUACCAAAUUGUUCAUCUGUCAUUUUUUGUAUUCUGUCUUUUUAAUUUCAUUUCUGCAGAUUGUGAGAAAUAAUAAAAUGAGGGAGUUGAUUCAAAAGGAUGAGCUGCUAUCCGCUGGGUUGAGUAUACAGGAAGCUGACAUCUUUUUCAAGGUUCUCCAAGAUUUGUUUUCAAGAGUUACCGGAGAUGACAGCCGAGCUCCGGCGGAGGUAUGGCGGGAAGUGGUGGCGAGAAAGCUAUUAAGGCCUAAUCACCCUCACGCUCUUCAUCAGUUGGUGUACAACACGCUUUACUCUCAUUGGGACUCCUCGCUCCUUGGCCCUCCUCUUUACUGGUUUCCUUCCUCAUAUGAAUCUUGUUAUACAAAUGUGGGUCGUUUGAUGGAAGCUCAUGGUCCUAGAUUAUUGGGGAAGUCAUACCAUGAUCCAAUUUCUAGUUUUUCCACCUUUCAGAAGUUCUCUGCUGACAAUCCAGAGAUUUACUGGUCUUUGGUUCUGAAGGAGCUUUCAGUUUGGUUUCGUGAACCACCAACGCGUAUCCUUGAUGAAACAGACAACUCAAAACCCGGAGGAACAUGGUUUCCUGGUGCUGUUCUCAAUAUAGCUGAGUGUUGUUUGCUACCUAUAAGCCAUCCUAGGAAAAUGGACAACAGUGUGGCUAUUGUAUGGAGAGAGGAAGGUGAUGAUGAUUCACCUGUCCGUCAAUUGACUCUGAAACAACUACGAGAACAAGUAAUGCUGGUUGCUAAUGCUUUGGAUGCUACUUUUGCUAAGGGUGAUGUAAUUGCUAUUGAUAUGCAAAUGACUGCCAAUGCAGUUAUCAUAUACCUGGCGAUAAUUCUGUCAGGCCGUGUGGUUGUAUCAAUUGCUGAUAGUUUUGCUGGGAAGGAAAUCGCAACUCGUUUGCGUAUUUCCAAAGCAAAGGGUAUCUUUACUCAGGAUUUUAUCUUAAGAGGAGGUCGGAGAUUUCCUUUAUAUAGCCGUGUUUUGGAAGCUUCUCCUUCCAUUGCUGUUGUGGUCCCCGCUGUAGGAGAAAUUGUAGAUGUGUCAUUAAGGAAACAGGAUAUAUCAUGGACAGAUUUUCUGGCACGAGGAAGCCAGCUCACGAGACCUCAUGAGUACUCCCCAGUGUACCAAUCAGGGGAUUCUAUAACCCACAUACUCUUCUCAUCUGGGACAACUGGGGAUCCAAAGGCAGUACCUUGGACUCAGUUGUCUCCAAUUCGAGCUACUGCUGAUUCAUGGGCACACAUGGAUGUUCAAGUUGGAGAUGUCAUGUGUUGGCCGACAAACUUAGGAUGGGUGGUAGGACCUAUAUUGCUCUACGGAUGCUUUUUAAGUGGUGCAACUCUUGCUCUUUAUCAUGGAUCACCUCUUGGCCGUGGUUUUGGGAAAUUUGUUCAGGAUGCAAGAGUGACUAUAUUAGGAACUGUACCAAGUCUUGUUAAGACUUGGAAAAAUACACAUUGUAUGGAUGACCUAGAUUGGACAAGAUUGAGAGCAUUUGCUUCCUCGGGAGAAGCCUCCAAUGUAGAUGAUGACCUUUGGCUUUCAUCACGGGCUUAUUAUAAACCAAUCAUUGAAUGUUGUGGAGGCACGGAGCUAGCAGGAAGCUAUCUUCAAGGAAGUCUACUGCAACCGCAAGCCUUUGGGUCAUUUAGUACUCCAACAAUGUCAACAGGAUUUGUCAUCCUUGAUGAUCAUGGAAAUCCUUAUCCAGAGGAUCAAGCAUGUGAAGGUGAAGUGGCAUUAAUUCCUCUGCUUCUGGGAGCAACAGACAGAUUAUUGAAUGCUGACCAUGAUGCGGUUUAUUUCAAGGGAAUGCCACUAUACAAAGGAAUGCGUCUCAGGAAACAUGGAGAUAUAGUUAAGAGAAGUGUUGGAGGGUAUUUUCUUGUACAGGGAAGAGCUGAUGAUACCAUGAAUCUUGGAGGUAUCAAGACAAGUUCUGUUGAAAUUGAGAGGGCAUGCAACCAGGCCGAUGACAGGGUGCUCGAGACUGCAGCCAUUGGUGUAGCGCCCCCACAAGGUGGUCCGGAAUUGCUGGUUGUAUGUGUGGUUCUUAAGGAGGGAAUCAAUGCUGAUCCAGAAAAGCUCAGAAUACAGUUCUCAAAAGCCAUUCAGCGUAGCCUCAACCCUCUUUUUAAGGUGAGUUUAGUAAAAAUUCUUCUGGAGUUUCCACGAACUGUCACAAACAAAUUACUGAGACGGGUAUUAAGAGAUCAGGUAAAGCAAGAGCUAUCAGUACGAAGUAGGAUUUGAAGCAACAAGCUGCUUAUCAAUAUCAGUUAGCAUAUAUGUCUAUCAGAUGUUGAGAAUUGUUUAUACUGGUAUAUUGAGUAGGAAACUGGGGUUAUUAUUAAGUAGUUCACCAAUUCUGCAACAGGUUAAUAAGUUCUUUACUGCAUCAGAAGUAAUGAUGGCAUACAUGUAAUUUUCUUUACCAUGCAAACAUAAGAUUAAGAAAGCUGCGUUUGCUAAUUCCUUCACUUGUUUAAUCUGAUAAAUUACCUGAAUUUUCCCAGGCAGACUGCUUGAAUAUAUGGUACAUAUCUUCUGCUUGA